GAGAAGGGCGUGAGUAUAUGAACCGCCGGCCCGGCCCAGCCCGAGAGCCAGUUGCACCCGCUCCUGCUCCGACGAGAUCCAGCCGGGAGGAUGUCUGACGGUUUUUCACUGUCCGACGCCCUGUCGGGGUCCAACAACCCCAACCCCAAUGCGCCGCCUGCUCCUUGGGGAAACCAGCCCGGUGCUUUCCCAGGCUUCCCCGGGGCACCUGGUGCAUACCCCGGGGCACCUGGCGCAUACCCCGGGGCACCUGGCGCAUACCCUGGAGGGGCACCUGGCGCAUACCCCGGGGCACCUGGCGCAUACCCUGGAGGGGCACCUGGCGCAUACCCUGGAGGGGCACCUGGGAUUACCCCCCCAGGAGCAUCGGGAAUGUAUUCUGGCCCUGGACAGCCCCUUAGUGGUGGAGGAGCCCAGCCGGCUGCACCACAAACAGGACCUGGAUUUGGAUCUUCCUUUCCAUCUGGAGCACCUUCUGGCCCUUUGAAAGUUCCCUGUGACAUACCCCUUCAGUCAGGACUCGUGCCUCGCCUGUUAAUAACAAUUGUCGGGACGGUGAAUUCAAGGCCGAACCAGCUUAAACUGGACUUGAAGAAAGGCAGUGACAUUGCCUUCCACUUCAAUCCCCGCUUCAAUGAAAACAACAGGAAAGUGAUUGUGUGCAACACCAUGCUCCAGCACACCUGGGGGAAGGAAGACCGAACAGCACCCAGGUUCCCUUUUGAGGCUGGCAAACCUUUCAAGAUCCAGAUUCUGUGUGAAGCAGACCAACUGAAGAUAGCUGUCAAUGAUGCUCACCUGAUGCAGUACAGCCACCGCAUAAGAGAGCUUAACCAGAUCACCAAGCUGUGUAUUGAUGGUGACAUCAGCUUGACCAGUGUCACACCAACCAUGAUCUAACCCAGGCCCACAUCACAGUAAUACUUCAUCCAUGUUUAUUAAAACAGCAGUUUUUUUUAAAAAAAGAGAUGUUUAACCAGGUUCACUUAGUAAGGGCAAAUAAUAAAAAUGUAGGCCCAGUCCAACAAA